AACUCUGUAGGCUUCCACAUAUCAGUCUAUACCCAAAUUUGGAUGUGAUAAGAUUAUACCUUACCCCUUCGGCUAAAAUAUUCGGACACAAAAUUUGGUUACCAAUUUUUUUUUUGCAAUUAAAUUGUAAUAUUAAUCGGACCAGUUCCUUCUAGCAAAAUGGCGCUUCGUCUUAUCAGUUUAGCACGCAUGCCCUCCCUUCUCGUGCCAAAGGUGAAGCCAGCGCAGCCGCAAGUUCGCUAUUUGCUUAAAAGGGAUCGUCUCGUGCCAUUUGUUGAUGAAGUACCAACUGUGUUCUCGAUACCUGCCAUUAAGCACCAUUGGGGGGUCAUCCCCAUUAUAGGGGUAUGUACAUUUGCUUUGAUAAUGAAAAUUACCGUCAUAAUUCUGAUGGGCUUCAAAAAGGAUGACGUCUGGUUCACCAAAGGUUCCGCUCGCUGCGAAGACUUUGAGACACGCAGCGGACCCUGGUACAAGGCCAAAAGUCGCAAGUGGGGCGGUCGAGAUGACUACCCAGUGCCAGCUGAGGCGCUCUUGGCCAGACAAGGCGACACGAAUGGUCCCCCAUUUCCGGCGGACGAUGAUGAUGAUGAUAGUGACAAUGGUUUAAGUGCUACAGAAGUGGCCGUUCACGUCGGCGUCACUACCGGGGUGAUUGGCGUAGCCACAUUCUUAGCCGCGUGAUAUCAAGGCGCUGCAUCUGUAAUACUUCUUCAUCUUACAUGUCUACUGUGUUCAUAGUUGAGGGGAAAAACAGGAAAAUAGGCCUGGCCUAGGGGUCAGAUCAGACAGAUCAUUUCUCACAUAAGCCUGACCAUUCGAUUUCCGGCUAUUAGUUUGACCAUAAACUUUCGUGUUCGCUAGGAUAGCGUCUUAACAAAAAGGAUACGGAGGUGGAACGGAAGGAUAUCAACAUAGGAAGCUAAACCGGCUUGGCCAGUGAAAUUCGAGUUGGGAAACCUUACAAAAAGGACUGACCAGCGGAAAGGAAUGAGAGAGAAUGAAGCCCCUGAUCUUGUUUUGUGAAAUGGUAUUUCUUGCGCAAGUUAUAAAUAAAUAUAUGUAUAUUUUCCUAAA